AUGCUUAUUGAAGAAUUUCCAAACUCCCCUGAGACAAAUCCAAUAUCUGUUAUUGGAGAUGACCCAGGUCCUAGUGUACAAACUGCAAUUGAUUCUGCUUAUGAUGCUCAACCAUCAACUAGUACUCAAAAUUAUGAUAUACCAACAAGUGACGAUUCACAAAAUCGAGGAGCAAUGGGUGAAGGAGUUGAUGAAAUGCUUAAGGAUGAAGGCUUUGUUAAUUUUUUAAAUACAUUAGGUUUAUUAGCCAAAUUACAAGAUGAAAAUGCGAAAGCAGAAAAACUAAAUCCUGUCAAUAAUGAAGAGGGCCAUGCAGUACAAGUACAACCCAAAAAUACUCCUAACUUAUUUCUUCCACAAUAUGAUAUUAGCCCACAUGGUGGAUGGAUAUCCCCUUUAUAUAAAUUUCAAUUCUUUCUUACCUAUGUCAAUGAAGUUGGAAGAAUAUUUCGCGGAAGAAUGCUAAUAACAUUAUUUGGUGCUAUUGUCGCCCUUUCUUUAUUAUAUGCUGUUCAAUACACCGAUUUAUUUUCUAUAAAGGAUAAAUUUAAAAAAAAAAAAAAAAAGAAAAAAAAAGGAAAAAAAGAGAAAAAAGAAAAAAAAAAAAAAAAAGAAAGAAAAGAAGACGACGAAAGACAAAGGCUAAAAGAAAUCAAAGAAAAUGAAGAAAAACAAAGGAUAAAAGAAGUAAAAGAAAAUGAAGAAGGACAAAGCAUAGAAGACAGAAAAGAAAGAAAAAAAAAAAAAGAAAACGACGAAAGACAAAGGAUAAAAGAAAGAAAAGGAAAUGAAGAAAGACACGGCACAAGAGAUAGAAAAGAAAGAAAAGAACACGAAGAAAGACACGGCACAAGAGAUAGAAAAGAAAGAAAAGAACACGAAGAAAGACACAGUACAAGAGAUAGAAAAGAAAGAAAAGAACAUGAAGAAAGACACAGUACAAGAGAUAGAAAAGAAAGAAAAGAACAUGAAGAAAGACACAGCACAAGAGAUAGAAAAGAAAGAAAAGACCACGAAGAAAGACACAGCACAAGAGAUAGAAAAGAAAGAAAAGAGCAUAACAAACAAACAGAACCAACAGAAGCAACCAAAAAAACGGAUUUAACAGGAGAAACCAAGAAAACGGAACCACCAGAAUCAACCAAUAAAACAGAACAAACAGGGGAAGCCAAGAAAUCGGAUCUAACAGGAGAAACCAAGAAAACGGAACCAGCAGAAUCAACCAAUAAAACAGAACAAACAGGGGAAACCAAGAAAACAGAUUUAACAGGAGAAGCCAAGAAAACAGAUUUAACAGGAGAAGCCAAGAAAACAGAUUUAACAGGAGAAGCCAAGAAAACAGAUUUAACAGGAGAAGCCAAGAAAACAGAUUUAACAGAAGCACCCAAGAAAACGGAACCAACAGGAGAAAUACUGAACCCGGAACCAACAUCGAAAUUCGCGCCAAAAUACCAAAUUUACAAAUAG